CACUGUGUGUGUGUGUGUGAGUGAGUACUGAGUACUUACAAAUACAAAUACUACGAAACUUUGCCUCUUCAUUUUAAUGGCGUGAGUUAGCACUACCAUAACCAACAACACCACCACUCUUCUUCCCACUCAUUACCAAACACCCCAUCUCUUCUUUGAAUACCCAAAACCCCAAAAUAACAAAGAAAAAAAAAAUCUUCCUUAAUUCCUAAUGCAAACUUUAAUUUUCUGAUCACCAACUUUAUGUAAUCUUUCUCUGAUAUUUCUAGGUCCUGUAUAAGUCUAAUGUAUUGUUCUGGGUGUUCUAUGUUUUAUGUCUUAGAAUAGUUGUCUUGUUACACGUACGUGUAUUUUCUGUCUGUUUGUUUGCUAUAUAUAGUGAAGAGUUUUGUGUUGUUGUGAUGUAUAGAGGUAAAGAAAAGGGCAUUGAAGGAAAAAUGAAAGGUCAUGAAGAAAUUAUGUUAAGGAUGUUUAAGGAAGAUGUUUCAUAUUUGAAUCAUCAUAAUCAGUAUGAUCAGUUCUCUCCUUCAGGUUCAAGUUCUUUUUCUGGUGGGUGUGGUUUUUAUGGUGAUGAUUUAGCUGAUUCUUGGAAUGUAUUUGAUCACAAUAUUCAUCAUCAAGGACUAGUUGAUACUACUACUAAAGGACAUUUUGGUUCUGGUUGGUUUAAUGACCAAGAUUUUGAUAAAGUUGUUGACAUAGGUGCUCUGUCUCAGAGAUUUUAUGGUAUGAAUAUUGAUGAUAAGGUUGGAUUUGGUGAUGGUUUUUUCAAUGGAACAGGAAAUUCGGAUCAUGGUAUUUCUGAUUUUCAAGUGUCAUCAGGUGUGUUAGGUCAUAGGAACACAUUGAGUGGACAGAGAGGUGAUUUUUGUGAUUCAAUGGGGCCUAUUUGUCAGGAAGAAAAAAUUAAUUAUGAAUACUUGUGUAACAUGAAUAGGCCAUGUAGUAACAAUGAGGGUCUUCAAUAUGAUGAUGUUGUUGUUGAUAGGAGAUUUUUUAGCUCGUUACAUGGUUCUAACUUGAUAAAUCCCAGUAGGAUAGGAUUAAGUUCUGAAUGUGAUUGUUCAAUUGCUAAGCAAAGGAUUAAAUCAGUAAAUAACCCUUUUUCUCCAUUGCCAAAUUCAAGAAUCCAAGAUAGUUAUAGUUAUGAAGACAGCUUUAUUCUUCAAGGGGAAUCUUUAAAAUAUGGUUCUGAACAGAGAGGUUUACUAAAGGGUCACAAGAAAAAAUCAAGAAAUGAGGCUAAAAUAGAAAGGUUGCAAGAAAAGAAACCAGCAAGGGAAGGAAAUGUAGAGAAAAAUAUGUAUUUGGCAGCAAAAGAUCAGAUGGGGUGUAGGUAUUUACAGAGGAUAUUUGAUGAAGGGACAUCUGAAGAUGUUCAGAUAAUAUUUAAUGGAAUUAUUCAUUAUAUACUUGAGUUAAUGAAGGAUCCAUUUGGUAACUAUCUUGUUCAGAAAUUAUUGACUGUUUGUAAUGAUGAACAAAGAAUGCAGCUUGUGCUUAUGGUGACUAAAGAUCCAGGAGAACUUGUGAAAACAUCUAGAACAACACAUGGGACUCGUGUUGUGCAAAAGUUAAUUGAGACAAUGAGGACCAGGCUGGAAAUUUCCUUAGUUAUAAGGGCUAUUCAACCUGGUAUUCUUAAUCUCAUGAUGGAUGUCAAUGGAAAUCAUGUGAUUCAACGUUGCUUGCAUUGUUUAAGCAAGGAUCAUAACAAGGUUAUAUUUGAUGUUGCGAGUAAGCAUUGUGUUGAUAUUGCAACACAUCGUUAUGGAUGCUGCGUGUUGAAUAAAUGCAUCACUUAUUCAACUGGGAAGCAACGUGAGAAGUUGCUUGUUGAGAUUUGUUCCAAUGGGCUUAAGCUUGCUCAAGAUCCUUUUGGGAACUAUGUUGUUCAAUUCAUAAUAGAGUUAAAAAUACCCUCUGUUGCUGCCAUGUUGCUCUCUCAGUUUGAAGGGCGUUAUGUAUACCUCUCAAGGCAAAAGUUUAGCAGCCAUGUUAUUGAAAAGUUGCUGAAGUGUUUUGAAGAAAGCAGGUCGAGAGUCAUCAAUGAAUUAGUCUCAGAACCUCAUUUUGAUCAGUUGCUGCAAGAUCCGUUUGCUAACUACGUGAUUCAGUCUGCACUUUGUGUUACUAAGGGAUCCGUUCGAGCUAUGUUGCUUCAUGCUGUGCGGCCUCACAUGCUUCUCCUGCGCACCAGUCCAUACUGCAAAAAGAUCUUCUCUCGGCGACUACUGAAAAAGUAAUGCUCCAAGCGAGAGUAAAAUGUUGUUGUUCUCUUACUAUUUACCUUAUCUAUUUAGGUAACUGGAUGUGGAAUGUAUCUUAUCUGUGAUCCUCUUAUGGUGAUCAGUAACAUAUUAGACUGUUGUAUGUCAUGCAAAAUUUUGGUUGAUGCGUCUUUGUAUGAUGCACUGUCUUUUUGCUCAAACUUUCGGCAGUGUAAGAUUGUAAGGGAUGGUGACGAUAUCUUGACUUUAUCUAAAUUAAGUUCCUGUUUCUGUUACUGGUCAUUCAUAUUUCACAGAUGUUCAACAGGUUGAAGCUACUUGAUUCUUUUGUAUGAUUUUAAUGCUUAUCAGGUGUACUUAACAUCAUGGGAAUUGGCCAAAGAGAGAAAGCAAUCUUCAACUCUUUAAGCUAGGUGAAUGUUUGCUUUACUUGACAGUGGGAAUAGAUGACAUAUAUAUAUAUAUAAAGGAUAUUAUGCCAACAGAAAAUGCGAAGAUUUUCUAGUGCUAUAAAAACUAACUUUUUUAAUGAUAUUGGACUAAGAUCAGUUUAAACGAAGUGACAUGGAUAGUGAAAAUUCAUAUAACUAGCCUCAGCUUGCUUGGAAUUGAGACGUAAUUGUAGCAAUUUGAUGAAUGAAAGAUCAAUACGAUGGAUGCAAAUCAUUAGAAAAUGUCCUAUCAGUAUAACUGGGUGCAAGACGAACUGAUGGAUGCAAAUUAUUGCAAAAAAACAUAUUUAGAUAGCAGAAGGUUGCAUAUUCAAAGUAUCUCACAAGAAAAACAGAGGACUAAAAGCUCAAGUGAAACAGAGUACACUCAAAUCAUCAAACUGAUGCCAACUCUCAAAUAUAGGGGAUAGCAUAUAUUUAUUCUGGUCAUUAUAAAACAGAGGUGAGCAAAUCCUCUUCAUUCCUCCUCUUGUCCAAGCAGAGCCAACAACAUACUCUCAUAAUCUCCCCUUGUGUCUUUGGCAAUGGCACGACCAAGAGGGAUGCUAUCCCUCUUCUGGUACUCAUUAGCGAUAUUUUUCAAAUCAACUUCAGCCCUUGUUGCAAUAACUCGGGUCAGAUGAUCUUCCUCUGUCCCUCUCCUGUUAAUGGCAUCACGAAGAAC